AUGCUCCUGUUGCAAAUAUUUCUCUAUGUCGCCGCAGUCUGGGCAGCAUGCAACGGCCAUGAUGAACUCUGCAAGCGGAAGUAUUCAGAUAUCACAUUUAUAGGCACACACAACAGCGCAUUUGUGGGAAGGCUACCUGUUCACAACCAAUGCAUCUCAGUCACAGAGCAACUUGAUCUUGGUGUGAGGUUCCUGCAAGCUCAGACACAGGACAAGGAUGGUGAUAUUCAGAUGUGCCAUACUCACUGUUGGGAGUUGGAUGAAGGCCCUUUAGAGGAUUAUUUGCAGGAGAUCUCGGACUGGAUGGGAAAGAACCCGGAUGAAGUCGUGACGUUGCUCUUGACCAAUAUCGACGCUUUACCUAUCGAGAAGUUCGACGACGCCUUCAACAGUACGGGACUCAAGGAGUUUGUGUUUCAUCCCGAGAAGAAACUCGCCCUUGAUGAAUGGCCGACCUUACAGCGAUUUCUUGACGACGGAACACGUCUCGUUGUAUUUAUGGACUACAAUAUGGACGAGAGCAAAGUCGACUACAUCAUCAACGAAUUCGACUACUUUUGGGAAACACCCUUUGGCGAAACCGACUCUUCAUUCCCCACUUGCGAGGUUGAUCGGCCUGAGAACGGGGAUCCUGUCAAGCUCAUGGGAACCAUGAACCACAUGCUGAAUCAUGACGUCUUGGGUAUUGUGAUUCCGAAUCAACUUGAUGCAGAAGAGACCAACUCGGCCGAAUCUAUUCAGAGCCAGGUGGAUCUCUGUGAGGGUAAUUGGAGCAGGCGACCGAAUGUUAUUCUUUUGGAUUGGGUCAAUGUUGGAGACGCGGUAGAUGUUCAGUUGUCUUUGAAUGGAUUGUGA